AUGGCUAAUUCUUCGAUCGAUGUGACAGGCCUCUAUAACUCGCUGUCACCGUUUAACAUCACCCUAUUGAUCCUGUAUGCGAUUGUGGUUGUUAUCGGCGUAAUUGGCAAUGGUUUGGUAGUAAUAAUCGCUUGGAAAACAACCUCUAUGCGCACGACCACCAACUUCUUGCUGACAAACGUGGCUGUUGCUGAUAUCAUCUCAUUGAUUUGGUGCAUUAUUCCAAUAGCUUUGAGUCUCUUUGCCGAGCAUCCAAGUGGGAUAUUGGGCACGUAUAUUUGCAAGUUUUUCUCUGGAUAUGCGAUGACUUGUGUUUCAGUUUCUGUCAAGCUCUCCAGUUUAUUCGUUUUAGCAAUUGAGCGGUACCUCGCAGUUCUCAAGCCUUUGGAAAUCAAUUUGCGUCGACGUCAGAAAUACAUUGGUUAUCGCAUAGCAUUUAUCUGGAUUUUUGCAAUAAUAUUCUCCUUACCUGGUUUUAUCUACAGCGAAUACGAUGAACGGUUGAAAAGAUGUUUAGAUCCAUGGACAAUUGAAAGAAUUUCGACUAUAAAAUGGCAAAUAACAAUUACAAUAGUUUUAGUAAUCAUAUGCUCCAUUUGUUUGUUCUAUUGCCAUUUCCAGAUACUUAAAGGCAUCUUUAUUACCAACACUGUCUGUUCCGCUGCACCUGCAGGCACGAAAAGGGAAAAUUUGAGGGCAAAACGUACUCUUGCCAUUGUUUCUUUUACAGUUACAGCAGCCUACAUAAUUUGUAACGCACCAUAUGUAGUUUUUGAGGUUUAUUUAGCUUAUACAGAACACGAAGACAUCUUAAAUAACUAUAAGUCUUUAUACAAAAUUUAUCGAGUUCUUGGCUAUAUCAUGUACUUUAACUCAUGCUUAAAUCCAUUUAUUUACGCUUUUCAGAGCUCUAAUUAUAGAAAAAACUUCAAAAGAAUCUUUUUCCACGGAGAAGCUGUACUGAGCGGUGGAAAUAUCAAUUUAGGGGCUCUCCGUAACUGA